UUUUCCACACCCACCGCCAGACGUUUUGUUUAACAUUUCCGCAGGUCGCGUCGGGAAGAAGAGGAACGCCACAGUGGCCUCUGCGUGCUCGCAGCCGAACUCGGGAAAAUCAUCGCAUGAUGUCGAGGUUCCUCCUCGGAGCGACCGCGCGCAGGUGCGUCGCCUCGCAAAUAAGAAGCGCGUCUGAUCAGCUUGGCGAGUUGGGAAAGGGCGCAGGCAAAGGUGGAGGAGGCGGAGGAUCCGUGAGGGCGGCUGGGGGCGCAUUUGGAAAGCGAGAAGUGGCAGAAGAGGAGCGGUACUUCAGGCAGAAAGAGAAGGAGCAGAUGGAGGCACUGAGGAAGCAUCAUGUGGAGGAGAUUGAACACCACAAAAAGGAGAUUGAGCGCCUGCAAAAGGAGAUUGACCGUCACAAGGGCAAAAUCAGAAAGCUGAACCAUGACGACUAACACCGGGAAGCCUGAUGGCAUUUUGCCUUCUGAUCGAUCUGAUUGCAAAGUCAAUCAAAAUCUAUAUUUUGAUUUAUUUACUGCUUGUCAAGGCCGGUCCUGAAUACACUUUAUACUGACAUUAAUACCAAUAAAGCUCUUAAUUUUUGACAUUCAAUGAAA